UAGGUAAUUCUGGAUUGAGUAAUGGCUGCCAUCUGGGCCACUUGGUUCUUUCUGACUGUGGCUGUCAGUAACUCUGCCUACUCCUCAGAUGGGCCUAAAAUCACAGAAUGUCACUCAGCUGAUCAGGAGACGUUCACAUGUAGCUGGAGUGUGGGAAACUUCCAGAACCUGACAGAAUAUCAACUAAAAUUCUUUUAUAUAAAAGGAGAAAGCCAUGACUGGAGAGAAUGUCCAACAUACAUCAACAGAGAAACCAGUUGCUACUUCAAUCAAUCGUACACUUCAGAGAUGGAGUACUGUGUGCAACUGAAAUCCGACAACAUCACGCAUGAACAGCGAUGUUUUACACUCAAUGAUAUUGUGAAACCAGAUGCUCCAAGCUCACUGAACUGGGCUCUCUUAAACAUUAGCCAAUCGGGAUUAUUCAUGGAUAUUCAAUUGUGGUGGGAAGACAUGGUGAACUCAGAGCCCAGUGCAGGGUGGACUCCUCGGCGAUAUGAAAUUCAGUAUAAACCCCAAGAGGCAGAGCUCUGGAAAUCGAUUAAAACUUUGCCACACCAGCAUCCACCACAGCCACUCUACAACUUUGCAACAGGGAAGGAGUAUGUGGUCCGAAUCCGUAGCAUAUAUCCCAACAUAGGCAAUUUCAGCGAAUUCAGCAACAUUUUAAAAGUGUUCCUUCCAGCGUCACAAUCAGUAGAAGUCCCUUUGGAAAGGCCAAGGAUAACAGAAUGUCGCUCACCAGAACAGGAGACCUUUACGUGCAGGUGGAGUGUUGGAAACUAUCAGAAUGUGACAGAACAAAGGAGACUGAGAUUCUUUUAUACAAAGGGGAAUAAUGCUGACUGGAAAGAAUGUCCCAAAUACAUGCACAAUGAAAACGCCUGCUAUUUCAACCAAACCUACACCUCCAUCUGGAUUUCGUAUUGUGUACAGCUUAAAUCAGACAUUCAGGAUCAGAACAUCACUUUCGAUAAACGCUGCUUCUCCAUUGAUAACAUUGUGAAACCUGAUCCUCCGAUUGCGCUGAACUGGACCCUGCUUAAUGUCAGUCAGUCAGGGCUGCUCGCUGACAUCCAAGUUUUGUGGGAGGCGCCGCCUACUGCUGAUAUCAGGAAUGGAUGGAUAUCUCUCAAGUAUGAGAUACAAUAUAAAGCCAGCGAGAGUAACCACUGGGACUCGAUUGAGGCCUUUUCAACCUCCCAUCCAGUUUAUGCACUCAGUACUGGCAAGGGUUAUGAGAUCAGACUCCGAUGUAAACAGAUCGCCAAUGGGGAUUUUAGUGAGUUCAGUGAUUUGGUGUACGUCUUCAUUCCUGCACCACAAUUGGCAGAAGAGGCAGGAAUCUUGUUCAGGCUGAUCCUGGUCUUUGUUUUCCUGGGCACGGCCUUGAUGAUGCUAUUAAUCCUAUUUACUAAGAGCCAGCGAUUGAAGCUGUUUUUCCUGCCUCCUGUUCCUGUACCCAAAAUCAAUGGAAUUGAUCCUGAUCUUCUUAAGAAGGGUAAAAUAGAUGAAGUGAACUCAAUUUUCGCAAAUCACCUGGGCUACAAGCCUGAUCUGUAUAUUGAUGACCCCUGGGUAGAGUUCAUUGAUAUUGACCUUGAUGAUCCAGAUGGAAAGACGGAAUUGUUGGACACAGACAGACUUCUUAGCCAUGAACACCCGAAGUCUGACAACUGCCUCAGUCUCAAGGAUGAUGACUCUGGCCGUGACAGUUGUUAUGAACCAGAUGUUGCUGAAGAUGUCACUGUAGCUAAACAAAGUGUCAAUGAAUUUGGCAGGCUCCAGCUGGAAGCCAGUGAAAGAAAAGAACACAUCAAGAGCAAUACUGGAGCUCCUGUAGGUAUUUCAGGUACAGAUGUCAAACAGAGCCAGCAGCCAGAUGGUGAAGAGUGCAAGUGCAGAAAAAUACAACUGGUUACCAGAGACAGUGGUUUGUCAACAGCAACUAGAAGUGAACCACCUCUUCACAGUCAACUCAGUAACCAGAGCUCCUUUGGGAAAAUGGACUUUUACGCACAGGUAAGUGACAUCACCCCUGCAGGUGGUGUCCUCCUCUCCCCAGGGCAGCAGAACAAGCUGAAGGUAUCUCUGGCCAAAGAAACCUCACUGGAUCCAAAGGCAAAUCAGAAUACCAAACCAUUAGACAGUGCCUACACAUCUGAGGUUGAUGCAAAGCAGUUAUGUGCCAUCAGCUUGGACAACGAAAACUUACCAGCUGCAGCUGAAGACCUUAAUCUAAGCAAUUAUUUCACUGCGGAAAGCCUUGCAAGUGCCACGGUUGGUUCUUAUAAACAAACAGAAAUCGCUAGGCAGCCAACAAUACCUGUCCCGGACUAUACCUCAGUACAUAUGGUGGACUCCCAACAGAGCCUACUGUUGAAUCCAAAUGUGCUGCCGAGCAAGAAUCAACCCACCCUAGCUGGAUACCUGAUGCCUGAACAACUUGGUAAUGUCAUCCCCUGACUUCAAAAGCCAUGAAGUGUAGACUGCAUCAUUGUAAGCGUCUGUCACAAAGACCUUGUGUUCAAUGAUUUGCGUAAUAUUCCCCAAAAUACAGAAUAAGGUACAACUGUUAUGAAAAAUUAUGAUUGAUAAAUUAAGAGUACAAAUUAUUUUUAAAUGUCAACUAUAUUUGUUAAUGUGAGAUAAAAUCCUGUAUUUUUAUAAAACAGAAACAAUUUCUAAAGUUAAACCAGUGCCAUGUAAAAGGAGCUGGAUAUGAUUGGAAGAGUGUUAUCUGUCACAAAGAUCAAAACACUGUUCCUCAGCAAACCUGAAUUCCUUGGAAAAGUCUGUACUCUCAUUAACUGGUUAUUUAAUUUCCAGAAUCAACAACUGUGUUGCUUCCUCAAAACUGUAUCCAAAAAGAAUUGGGAAUGGUCCAAUAUUAGGAAUGCUUGUAAUGUGUCACCACUUGUAUCAAAGAGGGGGUGGUGGUCUUUAAAGAGUUGCAAUACUUGGCUUAUCUCACUUGGAAAGGAUUUCAAAAAGAAGCCACACUUUAAAGAGUGGCUUUCAGCAACAAAAGAAAUCUCAGUGUUGUGAAAUCGUUUCAUGAGUGUAAUAAUUUUGAUCUCCUUGAGGGGUAACUGAGCACUUAACUGAAAUUCUCUGUACAAAACUCCCCUUCACUGACUAUUAUAUAGUAACAAACCACAACGUCUGGACAGGCAAGUAGAGAGUCACAAACUAGAAUAAGCUGUAGUUUUGCAUCCCCUCAGUGUUCUAUCAUUAUAUCAUUGCAAUGUAGGAUUUUUAAUGGAAAUGAACUAAAAAAUGCAAAGCAGACUCAUUUGCCAACAUAGAAUAUCAUCUCCACAAUUUAUUAAAACUUUCACUCAAUAGAAAUCAUCUCUUUACGCGAUGGCGCAUCAACCACUGAUGCUGUAUGCUGAUAAAUCCUGCCAGUCAGGGGAUUCCUGAAAAACAGGUAACUCUAUUACAAGUUUAGAGACUGGGGAUUCAUUGUUUACAAACAGUAGAGUUGGACUCAGUGCAGUGGCUCUUGGGACAGCUGGAAGUUGAUUCCAUUGUUCUUUACAAUGGGGCUGCUUUGGUUUCAGGGGUGAUCACUGGAGCUGUCUAGACAGGACAGUGGACUCAGGGGUUUUUGUGUUGGCAAGAAACCUGAUUUCUCAACUGAAUUGAGAAGACAAAUCUCAGAACAUUCAUCUUUGUAAAUUGAAAAUUAUUCUGAAACAACAAUACUUUCAUAGGCUUUUUUUCCAUUUGUGUUUUAUUUUUGAGAGGGAGACAGUAUCUUUACAGAUUAAGUCCGUAUGUUAUAUUUUGAACCGUGGCCCACACAUUGAUAACAUUCACAAAAAAAUUUUAAAAAUCUAAGUUCAGAGGCAGGUCCAGUGCUAUUAAUUAAUGAUAACCAAAGUUUUUGUGGGACAGAGAAGGCAAUAGCGAUAGAACUCAGCAGGCCUGGCAGUGUCUGAGGACAA